AUGUUAACUUCCAAAUACACUUCGGGACAAAAAAAGAACGAUAAGGAAGAUGUUGUUCACGAGGUGGUGUCCCUGUCGGAGAAGGUGGUGUUGCGGGCGGAGGACGUGAUCGGCUGGAUGCGGGCGGCGGGCGGCGUCAAGUGGGACAGAGGCCUCCUGGGCGUCUACUGCCCGCCCACCCAGGACACCAACGCGCCCACGGACGCCCAUUACACACCGCCAAUCUCAGGAGCGCUGGACAUCAAGGAGAUCAUGAGAGAGAAAAAGUUAAUAGGUGAUGUGGUAGAACCAAACAGCUUACACAUAAUCAUCCUCGCCUUCGACAAGUACUGCCGCAUGCGAGCGCUGCUCAAGCGCUUGGAGGGUGUCGAGGAGGAGUUCAUGCGCAGUCGAAUCAUCGUGGCACUGGGCGGCUUCGUGGUGCCCUCCAGACGCACGAGAAUGCUCUUCUGCAGAGACGUCUUCGAUUACCCAGAAUUAGAAGGCCACGACCUAUUAUGUAAUCAUCUCUUCGAUGCAAGUAAUGAGUCACUUCUCCCCUUCUCCGCAGCGCCCAAACUGCAAGGCCGGCCGAGAAAGAAGCGGAAGAAGCCCACGGACUCGGAGUCGGAAUCCUCGGAGACGUCGGAGGACAUCCGGCCGCGCCUGAAGGGGAAGCCGGGACUCACGGCCAAGCCCAACGGACUCCGCGUCCUCGACCGCAAGAGCACCUCGCGCUCGCACUUGUCGCAGGUCAAGAGCGACUUCUCGACGCCCGCCUUGAAUCGUCUAAUAGAGGUCGACUUCAUGUCCAAACUCCACAAGUUCAUGAAGGACCGCAACACGCCAAUCACCAGACUACCACACAUAGGUUACAGACAAUUGAAUGUAUUCGAGUUAUUCACAAGAGUGCAGCAACUAGGUGGGUUUGAUGCUGUGACCGAGAAGAAAUUGUGGAAGCUCCUGUACGAUGAAAUGAGCGGCUCGACUACCUCCUCCUCCUCCUCAGCCAAUCCACCACAAAAUGCACAGUCAUUCUCCAGUAUCAUGAAGCGUCAUUAUGAAAGACUACUGCUGCCAUAUGAGAAAUUCUUAUUACAAGAGCAGAAGAAGCUGUUGGGCAUCGGAGCCACCAAGAGCAGCAAGGUAAAAUCAGAGCCAGGAGAGCCCUCUGUUUCCAUCCUCCAGCAGCAUGUGCCAAGUGACAACAAGCCCUCUCUCAAGUUGGGGGGAACCUGUCCCAAGCUGCUACCUCCCCACGUACCUCCUGGCCACCAUGGUGGGGCGCAGGAGGCACAUGGGUUGCCCAGUGGGCCUCUCACAGGGUCUUUAGGUGCUGCGCCAACUGUGGGUACACCACCCCAAGCCAGCCCUGCGCCACCGGCCUCUGUCAGUCCUCCAACAACACCAACGGAGCUGACGGUGCCCAAGGUGAACACGAAGAAGGAGGGCAGCAUCCCCGCCGACCUGGCCAAGCGACCAGAAAUCACCAUCACUCCCAUCCCGCGAUCUCACACGGGGCUUGGGCCGGCGCAGAUGCCAGGCCCCUUGCCGCCCGGCCUGUCUCCGAUGCCCCCGGGGCUCAAGGGCCUCCAGCUGGCUGAUCUCAUUACCCUGGAGGGACUCAAGACCACCUUCGGCAUGACCGCGCUGCAAGACCUGGCCAAGAUCGCAGAGAGAUAUGAGAAGCCUCUGCAGGAGCCGGCACCGAAGAAGCUGAAGACGGAAGACGGUGCGAGGGUGAACGGUGCUAGUUCGAGAGAUCGGGGUAAUGGACGGCCAUCUGUGAUCCAGGAAACUCCAGUCAGUAAGGCGCCUCUGCCUGCAGUGCCUGGGCUUGUCUCUGCGGACAUGUUAAGACAGAUGAAUCUCCUCGAUUCCAAGCUACUCCUUCCAGCACACCAGAGCAACAAGACAACGAUCAGUGCGCUGGCACAGCUCCUCCCCCAGACCAGCAUCUUCCCGGCACCCGCCCCGGUCGCGCACCAGCACCAGCAUCACUUGCCGAAGUCGCCGAGGGACCCAAUCAGACUGGAGCCUCCCAGGGUGUUUCAGUCUCAGUCUGUGUAUUCCCAGUCCAAACACAUGUAUGGAAAACCAACUGCUGAUGUCAGUAAGGAUGUGAAUAAAGACACCAAUAAGAGUUCUAGUCCAGAAAUUGAAAUUCUGGAUCUUAGUCGUGCAUCAGGAAAUAAGAAUGGAAAAUCUACAAAGACAGAACGGCCAGAAAUAGAACUAUUAGACCUGUCAACGAGGCGUGACAUAACCGUUUCGGCAGUUUCUAAGCCAGGUACUAGUAAGAACUGCAAUGCCAGUAGGAUUCCUCCCCCUCAUGUAAGCAUUAAAUCAUCAGAUCAUCCAGGUAAACAGUCACCCAUGAAACACCUACCACCAACAAGCAGUGCGCCAUCCGUUGCAGCACUUGCAGCAGCAACAGCUCAGGGCUUGCCUCCAGGACUAGCAGGUCUUCAGCUCAAUCCUGCUGCACUACUCCCGUACCUACCCAUGCUUUCUCAAGGGGUCAAACCAGGCUCAGGAGCUGGAGGCUCGCCCAUAUCCAUGUUUCCCUACGUGGAUCCUGGAGCUCUUGCUGCAUAUUAUAGUAUGCUGCCCCCUGGUUUAAUUCCCACCACCAGUAGUGGCGGUGGGGGCAGCGGGGGCUCUGCAGCAGCUCAGCAUAUAGCAGCAACUCAGUUACACCUCAGCUCAUUAGGGCUUUCUGGAUUGUCGGGUCUUUCGCCCGACGCUCUGGCAAGCUUGGGCAUGUACAAGAACUUCCUACCCCAAGGAAACCUUCCUGCCCCACACUUCCUCUCGGGUCUAAUGUCUCCACACAACCACAAUCCACCCACCAGCAAGUAAAAUAAAACAAAAAUUACAAGGAAAUCACUAGCACAGCCAAAAUUAUCAUCCUCAUUAAGUAUCACAAGCACAUUUAAACAUCUUUAGUUUGUCAGAACCACAGUUCUCAUUAUCCUCAAACCAACAGGUCUCUUUUAAUCAUAAUCACCUUUAUCCAUCCAUAUGAAGCUCUCCCCUUUUCUUGUGCCUCCCCUCUGCUAGCAAGUAUUGGAUCUCACGUCUUCCUUGUUUUUGUCCCUCCAUCGUCAUCGUCAUACUCAGACAACCACACCCACAUCGCGUGCAGUCAUUUUCAUCCCAUAGAGGUCGCGCCAUUGCACACAUCACCACCACUACCACAGUCCCGAGACUCCCAAUAAUUGUGUUGCCCCUAGUGAGCCCAACAGCUGUUUCAUAAUCUGAGCUAGAGGUAUUAAGCCGGUUUUUCAUGCUAUGCUGUUGUGAAUAUAUUUUUGGUGUCCGUAUUUUGGGAAGAGAAUGCGUGAGAGAGAGAGAGAGAAAGAUGUAAUAUUUUGAUGGUAAAUGAAAUGUGUCCUUUUUGAAUGGAUGUGGGUUUUUGUUCAUAUUACAAAUUGAAUUUUAGUUAUUUAAAUCAGAGUAUUGCUUUAUCAAGUACUGAUCAAAAAGAAUAUCUUUUUACGUUAAAAUUAAAAUUAUGAAUGCAAGCAGUUACACUCAAAGAAUUACAAACUAUUUAUUUAAAAAAAGAAAAAAGGACGGCGUAGCAUGAAAAGACGGCUUGAUGUGAAUGAUGAAUGCCAACGGGAGUAGGGGCUCAUAUGGUACCUGGUUUAGCGUAAGAUUUUCUUGGGUUCAGUAAGUGCCUAGUUUUGGUUCUCCUUCCGUUUUCUAAUUAUAACAGCAAAGUAUUUGUGUGAUGUAAAUAAGUACAGUGAUUCUUUUCUCCAAUUCUUUUUUUAAUUUUUUAUGAUAAAUAAAACAAUAGGUUAGUUAUUUUUUUGUAAUAAACUUUCGUAGUCAUAGCCAGAAAGACAAUUGCCUAGCCGUGGUUUAUGAAAAAAAAAGAGUAAUGGUAACUGGCUGUUGGUGUCAGUUCCCGCAUAAAAUCAUGAGUCCUUAUGAAAGUACGAGUUCGUUCGUGACUACCUCCAGUGUCAAGAUGUUCAUUCAGAAGCUCAUUCGUGAGGUGAAGCAAAUGAUGAUGGAGCACUGAAAGCUACAGUGAUCAUGAAUGAUGUGUCAAAGCCCCCCCACUGUACUUACACAGCAAUAAAGGGAAAAAAAGAGAGACAAAAUGAGAGAAAAUUCUAUAGUGCUGUGACUUUCGAGAGACUGGACGGAGCUCCUGUCCCCAAAGAAACACCUGGACGUAUUGCAAUGCAGCAUUUUUGAUCAUUCUGUGUUCGCUGUUCUAUUUUCACUUAUUUACCUCAAGUAGUGUGUCAUUUGUUUCUCCAUGAGAAUCUUUUUAAGUAAUUUUAACUUGUAGAUAUGUGUAUGUUGAAUAAAGGUCCUUCCAUAGGUGUUA